UUGUACUGCAUACAAAAACAACAAGUCCAAAAUUUUUCUGUUCGCAAACAAAAGAGAGGCGAACAAGUUGGGUUUCGUUGCUUGUUGCGAAAUAUACGUGGCAAGGACACGCGCAAAAGAGCAGCAGCAGUUUACAAGGAAAACAGCGAUAUUUGCACAUCAUCAUCAUGGGUGUUCCAAAGUUUUUUCGUUAUAUUAGCGAACGCUAUCCGUGUCUCAGUGAAUUGGCGCGUGAGCAUAGUAUGCCAGAAUUUGAUAAUCUGUAUUUGGAUAUGAAUGGCAUUGUGCACAAUUGCUCGCAUCCCGAUGAUGGGAACAUACACUUCCAUUUGGAUCAGGCACAAAUCUUUCAAGACAUUUUCAACUACAUGGACAAGCUGUUCUAUUUGAUCAAGCCACAAAAGUUAUUCUUCCUUGCCAUAGAUGGCGUUGCACCGCGUGCCAAAAUGAAUCAACAACGCAGUCGGCGUUUUCGCACCGCCCGCGAAGCCGAACAACUGGAGGCCAAGGCACUGAAACGAGGCGAACAGCGAAAACACGAUCGCUUUGACAGCAAUUGCAUUACGCCGGGCACCGAGUUCAUGGACGAACUGCAGAAGGGUUUGCGCAACUUUCUUCGCAUCAAAGUGUCGACAGAUCCGUUGUGGAAAAAGUGCCAGGUGAUCCUCAGUGGUCAAGAAGUGCCCGGCGAGGGCGAGCACAAGAUCAUGGACUACAUACGCUACAUGAAAGCGCAGCCGAAUUUUGAUCCCAACACACGUCAUUGUCUCUACGGUCUGGAUGCGGAUCUCAUCAUUUUGGGCCUGUGCACCCAUGAGCUGCAUUUUGUGGUGCUGCGCGAGGAGGUCAAGUUUGGCAAGAAUGUGAAGCGUGGUACCUUUGACGAGACACGGUUCUUUCUGCUCCACCUGGGACUGUUGCGUGAAUAUUUGGAGCUGGAGUUUGCCCAGCUCUCGACGCCGGAGAAGCCAUUGGAUGUGGCCCAGUUGAUUGACGAUUGGGUGCUGAUGGGCUUUAUGGUGGGCAACGAUUUCAUACCGCAUCUGCCGUGUCUGCACAUCUCGUCAAAUGCGCUGCCGCUGCUCUACAAAGCCUACAUCGAAUUGCAUCCGAAGCUGGGCGGGAAUAUCAAUGAGCAGGGCAAACUGAAUAUGGCGCGCCUGGAGAUGUUUAUGCAUUCGCUGAGCAAGAUCGAGCUGGAGCUUUUCGAGGAGCACUACGAUGAUCUCAAGUAUAUGCACGCCAAGACCGAGGCAUUCGAUGUCGAUGUGGAGGAGAUCAAGAAUGGAGGCGCCUCCAAUAGCUUCAACGAUGAUCUCUCCGCGCUCAUAGACAACAGCAUGAAGCUCUAUGAGGACGACGACGAGGAUGGCGACGACGUGGACUUGAGUGAUGAAGAGACGGCUAUGAAGAACGAGUUUCAGAACUACAAACGCAACUAUUAUCGCAACAAGUUCAAGACGGAGCUGCACAGCUCGCUGAUUGACGAACUGAGUCUGCAGUAUGUGACGGCAUUGCAGUGGAUCCUUGACUAUUAUUAUCGCGGCGUACAGUCAUGGAAUUGGUUCUAUCCGUAUCAUUAUGCGCCCUUCAUCGGUGAUCUGACCAACAUACGCAAUUUGAAGGUCACAUUCGAUUUGGGCGAACCGUUUUUGCCGUUCCAGCAGCUACUGGCUGUGAUGCCAGCCGCUAGCAGCGCUCUCUUGCCGCCAGCCUAUCACCACCUGAUGCUCAAUGAGAACAGUCCACUGGCCGAAUUCUAUCCCAAGGAGUUUGAGAGCGAUCUCAAUGGCAAGAAGAACGAAUGGGAGGCCGUUGUCCUCAUACCCUUCAUCGAUGAGCGGCGCCUUUUGCAUGCCAUGCAACAGUGCGAAUCCCAAUUGACGGCAGCGGAACGCCAACGAAAUCGUCAUGGACCGAUGUAUCAAUACGAUUACAGUGAGAAAUCGUUGGGUUCGUUGCCAGCUCUGGAGCCGCUGAAGGCGUUGCAGCAUGUCCAUGCCACCGAGUUGGCACGUUGGUCCAAAGAAGUAGAACUUAAUCUGGAUCAAACGGUGUGCAUUGAGCUGCCCAAUGCGGCGCGUCAUGUCUUCUUUCCGGGUUUUCCCACCAUGAAGCAUCUCGAGUUCGAUUUUGAGAUUCGUGCGGAUCGCGUUCGCAUCUUUGAUCAGCCUUCGCGCAAUCAAAGCGUUGUGCUGCUGCCGAAGUUGCGCAGCUUUGAGAACAGCAUCUUCAAUGUGGCGAGCAUGUUUCUGGAGCAGAUCGUGCACAUCGGCUGGCCGCAUCUGAUCAAGGCGAAGGUGGAACGCAUUUGCACAGAGGAUCAGUCCAUUGAUCAGCAGGGCAUUAAGGCCAAUGAGCCGCGACGCUUUGAAACGGAUCGCACUACGCUGGAGGAUCAUUUCUCGUCGCGCAUGGGCAUCAAGUUUCCCAAUUACGAUGUGAUCCUUUAUGUGCGCACUUACACCGGCAGCAACGUUGACUUCGGACCGCGUGGUAAUGUCUUUAUGCGUGACACCUGGAGCACCAAGCUGACGCCGUAUCCCGCCCAGGGCGUUGUGGCCGAUAUCAAAGUGCAGAGCAACAUGCGCAAGCAGUUUAACAAGAUCGAGCAACUGUUUCCCGCCGGCAGCACGGCCUUCUUCAUCGGUUCUCCCAACUACGGCAACGAGGUCACCGUCCUCGAUCCGAUGCUAGUCUACUCCUGCGGUCGCUUACAGGUCAGCAUGCUCGUUAGUCCUGCGCCCAACUUGUUUGCCGCACAGCAGCUGCAGGAUCAAAAGGAUCGCGAGUUUAUCAACGCGUACAGAGUGUGCCGUGAGCUGAACAUGAACAGCCGCUGCCUCGGACGCAUGACUGGAACUGUUUGGGUGGUGCUGGGACCGCGACGACAGAAAAUGGAGAACGUGUCGAAGCACAACAUUGGACUGCAGCUGAAAUUUCCACGUUUGAACGAGGAACGCGCCGAUUACUGUCGUCGCGUGAACAAUCAAUGGUACUUCUCCGAACUGGCCAUGGAUCUGAUAGCCGAGUAUUGCGAUAAAUAUCCCGAGGUGAUCAACUACUUUAGCACGAGCAACGAUCGCAGCGAGUUUGUGUUCGAGGAGGACAUUUAUCCGAACGAUGUGGGCCAACAUCACAUCGAGGAUCUGGCCAAUUGGGUGCGUCAACAGGCGCACAUGAAGUCCGAUCGUGUCACGUGCGGUACGCGCACCAUUUGCAAGGAGACUGUCGAAUUGUUGCUCACAUCCAUCGACGAAGUGCGAUCGCAGCCGGCGCAUAAUGUCAAGUUGCAGGUGAAACCGCAUCUACUAAUCAAACCGAACGUCUCGCUGCCCGAGGCCUACAAGACGGGCAAAGCGAUCAAGUUAUUCGAUCGCGUGGUCGUCGUCCAGUCCGUCUACUCGGUGCCCAUGGGCUCCACGGGCACUGUGAUUGCCGUGCAUUUGGUCACCGAUCCGAAUCCGGUGCGUCUCGAGUGCGUCAACGUCACCGAGGCGAUGUGCGAGGUGCUCUUCGACAAACCGAUUCCCAACUGCGGCAGCAUCUACGGCAUUGCCGAGGAGCGCGUCUGCAAGGUGCCCGAGGGAUCGCUGCUCGUCACCAGCGCGUCAAUGGAGAACGAACGACAACAGCCCAGACAACAGCAACAACAACAACAACAGCAGGCGGAUCAAGGGCAGCAAAAUAACUGGAGACAAUCGCGACAGCAGCCACAGCAACAGCAGCCGCAACAACAGCAACAGCAGCCGCAACAACAGCAGCAAAAGCCACAGCCGCAGCAACAGUCGCGACAGCAACCAAAACAACAGCAGCAGCCACAGCAAUCACAACAGAUGCAGCCACAGCAACCACAACAACAACAGCAGCAGUCACAGCAGCAGCAACAGUCACGACAGCAACCACAACAACAGCCGCGUCAGCAGCCACAACAGCAACAGCAAUCCCGUCAGCAGCGCCAACAACAACAACAACAACAGCAGCAGCAAAAACCGUAUUCGGAAAUGAUGCGCGACAAUUGGCGUGAACAGCAACUGCAGCAAAAGCAGCAGCCCGAUGGUCGCUAUCUGACAGCAGCUGGCUCCAAAUACAAUCCCAUCACAAUGAAGACACGCGUCGCCGAUGAAUUUGUGAACCCGACAGCAACGCCAGCAGCCGAUCAAGAUGUUGCUAUCAAAACUGAAGCAGCAUCGCAAAAUUGGCGCACUCAGUCGAAACAGGCGCCAUUGAAUCAGCGUAGCACCGGCGGCGUUGAGUUGACCCAAGCAGCAGCUGUUGAGGCAGCAAUUGUUGGAGCUGCCGCCGCCGCCGCAGCAGCAGCAGCAACAGCUGGCGGAGGAGGAGGAGGAGCAACAGCAGCAGCAACAAUUGCUACGCCACAAGCGCAAACGCAGGCGCUCAAGUUGUUGUUGGGUCUCAAAUCGAAGCAGCAACAACAGCCGGAAGCCGCAUCUCCCUUGCCACAGGCACAAGCAGCUUCUCCUUUGCAUCUGCAACCACAAUUUCAGUUUCCAACAAUGAUUCCGUCCCAGGCGCCAGCACUGCCUAGUCAAAUGCCGAAAUUGCCACAGCCGCCGUUGUUCUGGCAGCGUGAGGCGCAGGAGCAGCAACAGGCACGUCAGCAAUCGGAUCUGAUCAAGACACAGCAGUGGGAUCAACGGCAAUUGCAAUCGCAGCCGCAGAAUCAACAGCAGCAACAGUUGAUGGAAGCGCUGCUGAGAAAGCCAAUGCAACAGCUGCAAGAUCAGCAGCAACAACAGUUGAAAGAACAACAGCAGCAGCAACAAUUGAAAGAGCAGCAGCAACAGGAGCAGCAGGCAAAACAAGUGCAGCAACAGCAACUUCAACAACUUAAGGAUCGACAGCAAGCACAACAAUUGCAGCAAGCACAACAAUUGCAGCAACAGCAGCAACUACAACAACUGAGGGAGCAACAACAGCAACAACAAGCACAACAAUUGCAGCAACAACAAGCUCAACAGUUGCAACAACUGCCACAGCAACUGCAGCAAUUGCUGCAACAACAUCAGCAGAAACAAGCGCAGCAGCAGCAACAUCAGCAAUUGCCACAACCAUUGCAACAGCUGACACAGCAGCAAUUCAUGCGACAAGCUGCGAACAAUUUCUAUCCACGUUACAACAACAAUGCCAACAACUUUUAUCCCACCAACAACAACGGCAACAACAGCGCCUACAACAGCAGCAACAUCGGCGGCAACAACAGCAACAACAACAACAACAAUCGCCGCUCUGUCACAACCAUCCAGGACUUUGUGCCCAUUCAGGCAUAUCGUCCCAAGAAAGUACAACGCGAUGAACAGCCGGAUAAACCCGAGACGACUGAGACAGCAAGAAGCACUAAAAAGGGAAGCGCAUCACCAACAACAACGCAAGCGGAUCAAAGCGAUGCGGCAACAAAUCAACUAGUCGAAACAUUGAAAAUAUCUCAACCAGCGGUGACCACCGAAUCCGUCCCAGUUGCAAAUGCUACGGUCAAAGAUGAAGCCGACGAAGCAGCUGCUAGCAAACCCAAAGUUGUAAGGAAAGCGCGUGUGCCGCGUAUUCGAGCCAAGUUUGAUCGCGAGUAUAUGCCGUAAGCAUUUGGCAAAAGACUAAUAAUCAGUAACAGUUAAGGACAUGAUGGAACAAAGCAGUUAAAAACUCUUCAAUUGAAUUAAUCAUUAUUUCUGAAUUGUUCACUACAAUUUUUUUCUUUUUUUUUCCUUCUCGAAAAUGCAUUUUUUCGAAUCAACUAUUAAAUGAUGUAGAGAAUUAACUGUCUAUAACGUAGUAUAUACAUAACUGUAUAUAUAUAUUAAUAACAAAUUACAAUCCUAAUACAAUACAAUGAAUGAAAGAUGAAAUUUUAACAAACAUAUGCAACUAAAAGACGUCUUUAAGCAUUAGAAAGAAUUUCCGAAAGUGAUCUUUCUUUAAGAAAAAACAAACAUACAAAAGGAUAAAACAUUGUUUUUAGUCGUAGAUCGAUAAUAAGCGAGGUUCCCAUAUUGUAGCAUAACCUCAAAACUAACUGACUCUAUUUAUAAAUGUACAACAAUUUGAAGCUUUUUUUUUUUAUAUUCGCUACCUAUUAAGGUAUUAUAAAUGUAUGUAACAUGCAGAAGAAGCCUUCAUCCCAUAAAGUAUAAAUAUUAUAGCUAUUUCCGUAUGAUCACUUGGAUCUCAGACACUGUAAGAGAUUGAGCUACAUUUUUUUUUUUUGCCAAUACUUGCUCUGGUUUAUAAUUUGGUAUAUUUUAACACAGCGAUGUGGGUAGCGAGUAUCUCAGCUUUCCAAAUUGUUUGAUUUGAACUGAAUUUUAAUCAAUAAAUGUGAGUUCUAUAUGUAUAUGCAAACAACAAGACGAUCUUUAAUUCGCUUGGGUUACCUGUCAUAAUUUAAAUAAAAUUAUUUGCAUUUUUUGUUGCUACAUUAAA